CGCCGUUCAGAGAUUCACAUUCACUCGGACUGGGAUGUGAGAAGCUCGGUGAGAUGGAGACCUUCAUCCAUCUUAACCCCAAUCUGAUGCGUCUCGGAUCCAGGCCAAGAUGUGAUCGUCACGACGCGUCACAGUUUGGAUCUGUCCAGCCUUUACAACACUUGUUUCUAUAGCAACAUAAAUAUCAUAGCAUCCUUAAAACAAUGCAGUCCUCCUCUCAGCCUCUAAAGCCACGGCGCUUUGACGCCAGCAGACGGACCGCUGCUUCAGCAGGACCAAAGGCUCACGGCGCUGCUUUUCAGAGGGAGGAUAAAAACAUGAACACAAUUACCACACCCUCCCCACGCCGUGCAACCAAAGGCCCCAGUGUACCCACCAGGACCAGGGUUGCAGUGCAGCCCCGAGCACCAAUAAGCCAAAACAGGUUUAGCACACAAAAAGCAAGUUCCACCAUCUCCAAAACAGCCAAACCCAAACCUAAGAGUGCUCGUACAUCUGCAGUGACUAAGAUUGCGCCGAAAGCCGCACCUCCACCGCUCCCCUCCGUCCUCCCUCUUGACCCGAACUGCAACGAACCAAGCCUUCCGUGUCUGUGUUGCGAUGGACGCUCGCCGCAGGAUAACAACAGCAUGUUCAACCAUAACCACAACAACAACAACACCAUUUCUAUCAGGCAGCAACUGCAGCUACCACCUCCUCCACCAGCAAUAUUGCCCCAGAGGCAUGAUGGGAAAGGAGCCAAGGAGCAGUCACAGCCUGCCUCAGAAGCACACGCCAAGAUGGAGCCCUCUGCCUGCCCUACCGGUCUGGAAAAUGAAGGGAAAAACACAGAUGAAUGCGCCAACCUCAUCAACAAGAAGCACGUAAAAGUUGAGGAAGACGAUGACGAGGAAGAAAGCAGCGGGGAUAUUGAUAUUGACGAUGAUGACGAGGCCGACAAUGAUGACGACGACGACGAUGAUGAUGAUGACACUCUGGUACCAUCAUGCUGUGACUGUCCUCCCUCCCUUUUGGAGUUUUCUCUCUAUCCUCUUCUACCUCGUCGUCCUCCACUUCAAUCAGCUCUUGCUCUGAUCUGGAGUCUGACUGUGCAGAUCAAUCCGCCUCCAUCUGCUCUUCUCACGACCAAGAUGAUCUAUCCAUGGCUCUGUCCCCUAAGGCCCAAUCUCUUUCACAAGCACUUGAAUGCCAGCCCCAUUGCGUUCGCCCCCAUCCCUCCCUCUUAGCAAUCCUUUCUCCCUAACGUCACAUUCCCGAAAUUCUCCUUGCUCCCCAGAUGAGGGCUACCCCUCCGCCCUGGACUCCCCUUCUCCUGACUACCUCGGUGUCAAAGGUGACUCUGAGGUUGCAAAACUAGGCUUGCUUGACUUUCUCGAGUCAGUUGGUGAGUUUGGUAAAAAUGGAGCGCUUCAGCCAGGUGAUCCAAGUGGCUCGCUGGGAUCUGGAGGGGGAGCAACACUGGGAUGUUCUGAGGGAUCGACUGGAUCACCUGGAUCGCUUGGAGAAGGUGAAUAGGGAAGUGAAACUGGCUUAUAUUGCCAGGCUCCACGAGAAGGGAUUUGAUCUGGGAGAUCUGGAGGAGCAGGAUCUAUCAGAUGUAAUGGAUGAAAUGGGAAACAUCGACAUUCCCUGGAAGUUGUAUAAAAGUCGAGGUGUGAUGGGAGAGUCUCAGGAAUUCUCAGAUGCAGGGGUUGACCUCACCGCUCCCUCAGAUUGCGAGGAUCCUCUUGCUCCUGAUUCCCUCACCCCUUCCCCGGUUGAGCCGCCACCUCGACCCCCUAAACCCCCGGUUCGUCAUGCUAGUGUAAGCUCUGACCUCCAUACCUACAUCAACAUCAGCAGGGAGACCACCUCCAUGGCUGUUUCUACAUCCCCUACUAUGACUACCUUCUCCCCCAACUCUUCCUCCCCAACAUUCACCACUUUUAGGUGUGAGAAACCCCUACCACCAUCUCCACCCUCCAUUCCUCCCCUCCCCACCUCGAAACCAGUCCCUUACCUUACCCUCUAUACCACUCCUUCUCCACCUCCAGCUAUUCCCACCCCAACCCCUCCUAUCCCCCCUCCUCGAAAGCGUCACCUUGCCAGAAAGGAGGCCCAGCGAAUCGCCGCUCUUCAAGCGAAACAGGAAAAGACGCCCUUUUCCCUUCCUCCUCCUACCACACGACCCCCACCUCUGCCUCCUCCCCCUGUUAUCUCAGUGUCCUCCUCCUCUCCCCCUGCCAUACCACCUCCACCCGCCUUGCCUCCUCCCCCAUCCUUCCACACACUGGAUGUAGAAAUUCGGAAGCUGCUGAUGCUUGCCGGGUUGACUCAAGCUGAGCUCCUCAAACUCAGCCCCGAGCUCGGAGUUUGUGUUGGAGGCCUGGAGGAUGAGGGAGAAGGAAAUAAUCCUUUCUCGUCCAGGUCUGUUGAGGCGCACGAGUUCAGACUAAAAGAGCAGGAGGAGGAGGAGAAGGAAUGUGACACAGAAAUGUUAGCCAGAGAUACAUGGAGCAGCAGAGGCAAGUUGAUCGGCGAUGGCCGAGCAGAUGUAGCUGAAGAAGGCAGAAAGACAGAGGAAAACAAGGAUUUACAAAAAACCACCUCAUUCACUGAGAUGGCAAGGAGGAGAAAAAGGAACAACGGUGUGACCUCCGACCAUUACUACAGCACCAACCUUAGCAAUACGCAUGAGACUAAAACAAACAAAAUGAACUAUGAAUCUUUCCAAUUUCAUACAGUGUUUCCAGAUUCACCGCCCCCUCCUCCUCCUCCUCGUCCCUUACCCCCCAUUCCCUCGUCUCAUCCACCCCUCAAAGUCAGCACUCUCUCCGCCAAUUCUGCCCAACCUGAGAGAUUUGAUUGGCUCAUAGCAUUCACACCUGAAUGCGAAGGCUCCCUUAAGACUCGUACCCUGGAAAUGAGAAAAUCUCCUAUGGAAGCUCCCAAGAAGCUCACUUCAUCAGGGUCGUCUACAGGGGUACCUCCCAAGACCACAACUUUUAAAGAGCUGCGCUACCGUAACAAGAGCGCCUCCCCUCCAACAAAGGUGAUUACUGACCCAGAUCCGGAUCCAACAGUUAUCACACCAGAUGCAGAUAUACUCUACAACCUGAGGUGGAGAAGAGAGAAGGAAGGAAGCGAUGGCCAACACUGGGAGUACACCUCUCAGGCUCAGGCCUUCUUCAUGCAGCCGCCGCCGGCCCUCACCUCCAUGGCCGCUCUGAAGGAGAUGCUCCAGAGAGCGGACAAGGAGGGGGGACAACUGGAGCUGUGCCCAUCUCAGAAGAUUGGCUGCUCCAUCAGUGACAGCAGCCUGUGGACCAUUGGCAGAGAGUGGGAGUGUGAACAUGAUAAAAGUGAGGAAAAGGAAGGCAAAGAAGAGGAAGAGAAGAAGGUGGAGGUGAAGCUGGAGGUGAGAGGACGAGCCGACGGAGGAAGGACUUUCGAGUCAAGAACUUCAGCCGUUCGCAGUGUUUCAUUCGCUGGCACAGUACAGAGGACAGGGACUUCCUGGAUGGGCGAAGAUGUGGAUUAUCCAAUGAGAGGUCUGGGCCUGUCCUCUCUGUUCCUGCAGGAGAAGAAAGCUCUGGUCAGUGCGGUCAGUGUUGCCGUGGAAGCCAUCUUGGCCCAGUUUAGUUCUUCCCGGACCGUUGUUCAGAAGUCUAUCUCAGUUAACAAGGCCUUAUCAGGAGACAGCACUAUAAAUCCAUCUCUGGGCCGUCUGGUGCUGCAGUGCCUCUGCCCUGCCCUGCACAGCCUGCUGACUGAUGGCUUGAAACCCCACCAGAGUGACCUGAUUGCGGGCAGGAGGCCAAACUCUGCCUGGGGUCUGGUCCAGGCCUCCACACAGCCAGGUCCAAAAACACAAGCCUUGUUCAACCUUCAAGUUCGAGUCAGAGAGCUGCCUCAGCUCCGGCAGAGCAAGCAAAGGUUCAACGCGUUCCUGCUCGGCCUUCUGAAUACGAAGCGUCUUGAUUUCUGGCUGUCUCACGUUCAGUCCUGCAGUGAUGUGCUGGAGACAUAUUACCGUCCCACCUCUUUCAUGCGACUGUCGCUGUCUGCAUGCCAGCCUCUGUUCGAGGAGCUACUCCUCGUGCUGCAGCCUCUCAGCUUGCUGACAUUCAACCUCGACCUGCUCUUCCAGCACCACCAUCUAGAGCCAGACAGUCACAGGCCAGAGAUCCCCAGCCCACCUUCUCAGGAUGCUGGAUCAACAGAACAAUCCAGAACCACAGGCUGCAGAUAUAUUGAAACCCUGUCAGAGGUCAACUUUGAAAGCCCAGAGCUUAAGGCCGCCAAAGAAACAACAUCAGCUCCGAUUAAUCCAAAGAAUGGAGGAUCAGGAGAGUCAGCACAGAUCAGCGCAGCAACCAUAAAGGUUCCUGUCUCUCUGGCACAGACCAGUCCUCAGUUGAUGUGGGUACAGGAGAAAGAGAUUGGAGCGUUACCUCCUCCUGAAGAUGAUGAGGACAGCCUUGCCCAGCAGGCUGGACAGGUGAUCCAGCAAGGAUGGGGGGCCGUGAUGCGUUUGGGUGGAAGACUGAGCAGGAACCUGUCAGAGCUGAGCCUGACAAAGGAUGAAGUUAAGACAGACUUGUCAGAUCUGCAGAUCCAGACAGAGAGCGACUUUGCUCCGGUCAGCUGUGGUACUCAGGUUCCCUGGGGGCUCGGGCGGCUGUUUGGAGCCUCUAAAAGCCCCAACAGCCCACCAGGAAACACACCACCUACCAGGCGACCCUCUCAGUGGCUUGCUCCUGGUGUCACUGCACUGACCCGAAUGGUGAGCAGCAACUCCACCCCACUCUUAAGGAGGGCGGCAGAGCGGCAGAUAGAGAGUGAACCAGAGCGGGAGAAAGACAUUGAUGCACUGGAGAUGAAGGACAAACCCAGACCACUCAGGUCAGUGCGAACGCUGUGUGACCACACUGGAACCGGAUCAGAGCUCAGCUUCUGCAAAGGGGAGGAACUUGUGGUGUUAGGAGGAGUCGAUCAAGACUGGAUCCGCUGUCGUCAGGGAGACAUGGAGGGGCUGGUACCUAUUGGCUACACCUCCCUCAUCAUGUGACUUCAGCAACAAAACUGCUGCAAAUCAGACAAUAAAAAAAAUAAAAUAAUUAUAGAUAUAUA